GUCAUACUGAAAGUUGUAGAAAAACCAUCUUUGUUUGUCAGUAUUACGUUUGUGAUAUUUAAAGGUAGAUUCUCUGCAGUUAAGGAAGCAUUCUCAGUCCUAGAAGAGCAAGAGAAAAUUGAUCAGCAAUGGAUGUCAAAAUGAGACCAAAGCUAGAUUUUGCUGAUUUAAGACUAAGUAGGGGUAUGUCGACCAGCUACAGAAUGUUCAAGAGGGAACCGGAUAAGAGAGUGUUCGUCAACCGCAGCCUCAUGCUGGAGAAGGUCAAGUUCUUUGGAUUCGACAUGGACUACACCCUAGCAGUGUACAAAUCUCCCGACUAUGAGGCCCUGGGUUUUAAACUUAUCAAGGAACAGUUGGUGCAGAUUGGCUACCCUGAGGCCCUUCUGGAGUUUGAAUAUGAUCCAACAUUUCCAAUCAGAGGGCUGUGGUUUGACCAGCUGUACGGAAAUCUGCUCAAGGUCGAUCCAUUUGGCAACAUCCUGGUGUGCGUCCAUGGCUUCGAGUUCCUCAAAGGGACUAAUAUACAUGAGAUGUACCCAAACAAAUUUGUACAGCUGGAUGAAAACCGAUUCCGAAUAUUCAACACCCUUUAUGAACUGCCAAUCAUGUACGUGCUGGCUUGUGUGGUGGACCUGUUUAGCCACGAUCCAGCCUACACUAGUGGUGAUUCACCUAAAAGCAGGAAGUCAACAGGAAUUCAGUCUGGUGACUUGACGAUGACAUAUUCAUCUAUAUACCAGGAUGUUAUAGUGGCUACUGAUAUUGUUCAUUGCAAAGGGGGUUCUUUGAAGAAAGAAACAAUGUUAAAUAAGGAGAAGUAUGUGAUCAAAGACAACAGACUACCACAUCUUCUGGACAAAAUGCGGAAACACGGCUCAAAAGUAUUCCUAGCAACGAACAGCGAUUACGUCUACACAAAUACAAUCAUGGAGUACUUGAUGGACUUUCCAGUAAAGUCUGGUGCUACAAAGCGUGACUGGGUCUCGUACUUUGACUACGUGGUCUGUGAUGCCAAGAAGCCUUUGUUCUUCAGUAACGGGACACUGCUUCGACAGGUGGACAGGGCAACAGGAGCAUUGAAGCUGGGCACUCACACUGGGGAAAUCAGAUCUGGACAUAUCUACUCAGGAGGGUCCGUUGAGGUGUUCUCAGAAAUCAUGGGCUCCUAUGACAAGGAGGUGUUAUACAUCGGAGACCACAUUUUCGGCGACAUUCUCAAGUCGAAGAAGCUGAAAGGUUGGCGAACAUUCCUCGUGGUUCCCGAGCUGGCCCAGGAGUUGUCAGUCUGGACCGAGAAAAAGGAUCUGUACUCACAAUUGGAGGAGUUGGAUUUUCAAAUUGGAGAACUUUACAGGAACCUAGACAUGUCGUGUGAACAGGGUCCGGAUAUCAGCCAGAUCCAAGCCAAUAUCAAGAAUGUCACCCACGUGAUGGACAUGUCGUAUGGCAUCCUGGGAAGUCUGUUCAGGAGUGGCAGUUCUUUUGUGGACCCCGACAUUGAUACCUAUGGAUCACGGCAGACGUUUUUUGCGUCCCAAGUGAUGCGCUACGCUGACCUGUAUGCAGCAUCAUUCCUUAACCUCUUACACUACCCGUUUUCCUAUGUGUUCAGAGCUCCUGCAAUGCUGAUGCCGCAUGAGUCUACUGUUGGCCAUGAGGAUGUUUUGCCUCCCCACCACGAGAUUAUUGCCUCUCGCUCGCGUCUCAACAACGAGGAUGGAACCCCACUCCUGUCUCCUACUGUCACACCAAAACGCUUUCCCCUGGAACGAGCUGAAACUCUGGGGGAUAAUGUGCGCAGGUUUGCAGACACACCCCGACAGUUCACUCAAAUCCAAGACGAAGAAGGGGACAGUGACAAUUCUAAGGAUAGCGAUAAGGAGCUCACACCACCUAAUGAGGAUGAAGAAGUUGCAGGUGAAGUGAAUGGAGAGGUGGUGAAUACAGCUUAGAGGCUGCAGGUGCUGUACAGAUGCAGGUGUGUUAGCAGAUGCCCACAGAUUACAGGUGUCAUGUGCACAAACACAAAGCUGUCACGUUUAUAAGAUGAAAGACUGUUGAAGACUUUUGGUAUCGGAAUUCAAGGCUGCUUACUCAUGUAUUCAAGGUUAUUUGUAUUUGGUGAAGGGAUGAAAAAAGUUGCCGACUUAUUGUCUUUCAUACAUUUGGUUGUUUUAAUAAGUACAUGAACAUUGACAUCGCUUAAAGAGUAAAAAGGUUUGUUAGUUGAUUCACAUAUUUGGAUGGUAAUUUUGCUGCUUGUUCAUACAUUUCAUUGAUGACCAGAGAGUAUUUUGUUUCUGCUGAUACCAUGUACAGCUGUAUAUAAUUCUAUUUAUAGAAAAAAAUAUAUGUUUCAAUGUUGGAAUAGUACCAUCACAUGUAGUAAAGAUUUUUGCUUUGUUUAUGUUCCAAUAUAUGGUUAUUUGAUGGAAUUGACUUAAAGUUUUGACUUAAGUUUGAUCUGACUAAAUGAUGUGAGUAUAGUUGUUUGCUUAGAUUGACUUAAUUAUAGGACUUAAGUUGUUUGCUUUAAUUCACUUAAAUGUUGGACUAAUGUUGUUUGCUUUUAUUCACUUAAAGGUGGGACUUCAGUUGUUUGCUUUUAUUCACUUAAAGGUGAGACUUAAGUUGUUUGCUUUAAUUCACUUAAAGGUGGGACUUAAGUUAUUUGGUUUUAUUCACUUAAAGGUGGGACUUAAGUUGUUUGCUUUGAUUCACUUAAUGAUAGGACUUAAGUUGUUUGCUUUAAUUCACUUAAAGAUGGGACUUAAGUUGUUUGCUUUUAUUCACUUAAAGAUGGGACUUAAGUUGUUCACUUAAAUAUGGGACUUAAGUUGUUUGCUUUAAUUCACUUAAAUAUGAGACUUAAGUUGUUUGCUUUAAUUCACUUAAAGAUGGGACUUAAGUUGUUUGCUUAAAUUCACUUAAAGAUGGGACUUAAGUUGUUCACUUAAAUAUGGGAAUUAAGUUGUUUGCUUUAAUUCGCUUAAAUAUGGGACUUAAGUUGUUUGCUUUAAUUCACUUAAUGAUGGGACUUCAGUUGUUUGCUUAAAUUCACUUAAAAGUGGGACUUAAGUUGUUUGCUCAGACAACUAGAUAGGUAUGCACAAAACACUGUGCGCGUAACUGUUAUUGUUGACCACUGCCAAAGAACAAAGAACCGACCAUGAACCCUGAGAUCACUCAUGUAUACAUGUUUAUUCCACAAAUAUACCUUGAUUUUAUUGAAGUCAAAAAUAUAUUUACAUAUUUUUGUCUCUUGUCUCCAUGGUAACAAAUCUUGUCUCCACGGUAACAAAUCUUGUCUCCACGGUAACAAAUCUCAUCUUAAGUUAAAUAUCAAAUGAUAAUAACGAAUGACUGCUUUUUUAAAUCAAUAGUAUUGUGUAGUUAUAAUAUCUUUUCUGACAAAAAUAGUUGUAUUUAUCAGUUCAAACAUAGUAUAAUUGAUUUGCCAGCAGAAACACUGAUACUAUGUUUUAAAAAAAUUACUUUGUUUAAGUUUGGACGUAAAGUCAUGAUAUUAGGAUAUUUUGUUGUACGUAUGUUGAUAAGAAUGAUGACCUUAAUGAUAUUUCACACUGUCUGGAAUCACAUAAAUGCCACACUUGUGUUUGAUGGAUAAAUUGUUCUCGAUAGAUGUUUUCAAAUCUGUAAAUUAGUUUCAUAGUUUUCAAUGAUUGGAAACGUAUCAUCGUCAAUAGUCAUUGAAAUAAGAGUUCUAUACAUAUCACGAGAGAGAUAAAGAAAGUAGCAUUACUGAUAAAGUUAUUGUUUGAUUAGUGCAAUUUUCUUUACAUCAGCUUUAUCACUUAGGAAUUCAUUUUUAAAAGAUUGACAAGAUCGCUGGAAAUGCCAGAGUGAUUAAAAAAAACUGACAUAAAAAAGAAUCAUAGUUUUUAUUUCCUUUUCUCUCAUAAUUUGAGUGUGUAACCGGGAUAUUUGCUGACUAAUUGUGGAUACAAAUAUGGACAUAUGUCAACAAUAAAACAUACGAGACACUUAAGUAUUUACAAUUGCGUAGCUUCCGCUGACAAGCGGAAAGGCCUGGCCUUGCACACAAUUUUGUUUUUUCUUUUUUUCCUGUACAGAAAAGAACAAAAAUUACCCACAAAUCAGAACCUUUUGUAAAUUCUCUCUGUAAAUUUUCCCCUGACCCUUGUAGUUUUGUGCCUACACAUCAAAAAUGGUCCACCUACGGCCAUAACCGAAUUACUUUACAUGUUCACAUGUUACAUUUAUUACAUAAAAACAUUUUGGGACAUUGAUGGUGUUUGAUAUUGAGGGAAUUUGUUACUGACUGAAGUUAUUUGUUAUGUGUAUUCAUUAUAUUUUUACAGCAUAUUUGUUGAAAAAUGUUCUUGAUUACUUAUUAUUCAUUUUAAACUGAGAACCUGUGGCUUAUAGCUAGUUUCAUUUCAUGCAUUUAAUUUUUAGAAAUUUUGCAUGUUUUUCAUAGAUCUAGUGCAAUUCAUUUUAUUAAGUUGCUAAAUCUUAUAAACUCUAGGUAUUGUUAUGGCAUCGGUGUUGUUGGCGCAGUGUCUGUGUCAUCUUAGUGCAAAUACAUAAACCUCGGCUAUAUGUAAAAUACCAUUCAAACUAUUUAAAUGAAACUUGGUAUACAUGUUUCCAGAGACAAUACGCACAUUUGUAUCAAGGCCCAUAACUCUGGCUUUAUCAAUGGUUGAGUUAUGCCCCUCUUUAGAGUGAAAAAUAUCAACAGACUAGUGUUUAACUCCAUGAUUCUCUUGAUUUUUAUUCAGGUAUUUUUUUUAAAAAUUAAUCUUGCCUGUUGCUGGUAACUGUCUCUACUCUGAAAUGCAAGUACAUAUAUUAAUUUAUUAUGUCAUGUCCAGAGGAAACAUUAUUAUAAACCUCAAACAAGCAAUAUUUUGUAUUUCAUUUAGAUCUUAUUACAGUAUAAUUGUGAAUAAAUUGUUUUAUCCACUUUUUGUUACAUACAGGUUAUGUUUUGUAGUAGUGAUUUUAAAUGUGUCCAUUAAUUCCAAUAUAAAAAUUUCACUAUGUUUAUCAUUCCGGUGAACCUUUUCAGCUAAAAUCAUAAAUAAUAGUCAUAUAGCUGUAAUCGACUCACAAAAACCCUUUAAUCCAAAUCAUUUUAUAGCAUCUUUUGUUGUAAUAAUUUUUUGUUAUGAAAUUCAAGCAGUAAGGAGGUGAAAACCCCAUAAAAAAAUUAAAAAAAAAUUAUCUUAGUAUAACUGCGCACACUUAAAAAUGUUUGUAAUUGAAUGUUAAACAAGCUGUUGAUUAAUUAUUGCCAGAUUUAAAAUGUCAUGAAGCCUAUGUUGAUUUUACAAAACAUGACUUAGGUGCCAUUGUUCAGACUGAUUUACCUUGAUAACACUAACUACUCACUGUACGGUGUGUUCAUAAAAAAAUGUAUGUAUUAUUUUGUUGUCGAAAGCCUAUUUUAUCUAUUCUAUGUUUUAUUGAGGACUCUUAUGUAUUAUCUAUUCAACCAGAUGUCUACAAAAGACACAAUCCCGUCAUAACUUUUGUUCUUUUAUCUGUUUUCUUUUUCAUAUAUGUUUUAUAUAUGUUCAAUUUGUUUAGAAUAUAGGUCGCUGUAUUGAUAAAAAAUUAUAUGUGUGUUUAUAACAUUACUGUCAACUUUGAAGGGAUUUAUACUGGUAGAGUGAUUAAUAGCAUUAUUUUUUUUUGAUUUUCUGUAUUAUUUGAUAGUUUUUAUCAGUUUAUUUCUUAUUUGGAUUGUUUUAUCACUAUAUUUUAUCAACAAUUGUGUUCCAGCAAAACUGCACAUUUGUCUUAUUUCAUUUCUAUAUACCCUCAUAUAAUUUGUUGUAAUUUUCCCUGUAUAUUUAUGAUAAAUAUUGAAUAAAUGGUUUUACAAGAGAUAUAAGAAAAUGGAGUUAAAGACAAAACAUCUUUUCCCGAAAGUGAAGAGUUUCUUUUCUUUUCAUUGUAAAUAAUAGGCUAUUUUACUUUAUUUUCUUAAUAUUUAUUUUUUCUUUCUUAUGAUUUUUAAAAGACAAAAAAUUCAGAUAUAGCGAUAGCUUUGGUGUUGACAUAGUAAAACCUAAACAUAAUUUACCUACUUUAUUACCUAGGAACAUAUCUAAGAAACUGUUUGAGAUAAUCAAACUUGGUACAUACGAUGCAAGAGACAAUGUACAACAAGGCCCAUAACUCUGGAUUUGAUCAUUGCUAGCUUAUACCAAGUUUUGGUAAGCAUUGGUUGUCGCUUCGCAGCCCUAUGUUAAUGUGCUUCAGUCAGUAUAAUUGUAAAGUCAGUUCCAUUAGCAUACAUGCCAUAUUUCUGAGAGGCUUCCCAGGGGAUUUCGGUCUGAAUUCCAGGGAAUUUUGAUAUUACACCAGGGGAUUUUUAUGCGGCGAAAAUUUGCGCAAUAUCUGCAUUUAUAAUAUAACAAUAAAAACAGAAAUACACUCAAUUUACAAUAAUUUUUGGACUAAGUCAUCAUGGUCCUUCAUGGAAUUUCACACUCAUAAUAUUAUUGAUGCUUUCCACUGUCAACCAUAAGCAAGUUUUUUUUGUUUUUUUAAAUUCCAGGGGAUAUGGAUCCCCCGGCGGGGGACCAGGGGAUAGGUCGAAAUUCUGGGGGAUUUUUUCCCCCGCCGGGGGGAUAUGGUAUGUAUGCAUUAGCCUAACUUUGGAUAGAUACUUUAAUAAGAUCAUUAAGGGAUAUGUAAUAUAAAUAGUGUAGUCAUAUAAUUUAGACUUAUGUUAUUUAAGCACUUUAGUCAGAUAAUUUCACAUUAGGCAAUAUAAAUAGUUUAGUCAGACCAUUUAGCGUUACGUUAUAUAGAUUCUUUAGUCAGAUUAAUCAGUGAGUUGCAAUAUUCAAUACCAAAGAAAGUUCUCCAUUUGGCAUUAUAACAUUUGAUUUUUUUCAUUUUUUGUCAUCAUUUUAAUUUUGUAACACAACUCAACAAAGAGGUUUGGUUCCUUUGUCAUGACACAUACUUGUCAGAGAAUUCCAUGUUUGUCUCGGCUUUUGUUAACGUGUACAGUAACACAUUUUAGCUGGAGUGUAUUAACAUUAUUGAACAUGUAUUUUCUCCAUUUUGCGGAUAUGAAUGCAGUUGGGCUGGUCAAAGUAUGGAGUCGGACUCCACACAAUUUAACCAGUCCAACUGUGCUCAUACCCCAAAAAUGACAUCAAUCACACAAUUUAUUCCUUAAAUGGUUCGAUUUUUUAUAAUUUGAAUAUUUUUCAUGUCAACUAGGAUAACUUGUAGAACAGUUCAACCAUUGAAGAGAGUUUGUUAUUAAAACACAGGGGCCCAUUUCGAUAAGAUAUCUAAGUCAUAAAGUUAACGCUGCCUAAGGAUGCUAAGGAAAACUGUAAAGUUACAGGCAAAAUCUAUGGGAUAAAAAUUAUAAUGUUCUUUUGAUAUUUUUUGGGGUUUCGAGGUUUCGCAUGGAAAUUAACAAUCUGAAGCUGUACAAUUAACAUUCUGAAGCUGUACAAUCUUGAGAGAAACUGGGCCCUGGACCCCUGAAUCUCUAGAAUAAUCAUUAAUACCUCUAAUAAAGGAUCAAGGUAUUAUCACUAUUUUUUAUUUUGAUAUGAAUAGUUAAAGAAGUUCUGUGACUUUAAAGGAAAAUGUUGAAAAUGAAUCAUGAUACAGCUGUGUUAAAAUAUGAUAGCUCUUCUGAAGCCAUCAUGCUUCAUAUAUUUUGUGAAAUUAGUGUCAACAUUUUGCUUGCAAGGUAAACAUACAGUAUACAUACAUGAAGGUUUAAAUGCUGCUAAUAUUGGAUUUUUUUAAUUAGGGACCUCUUUUAUGAAUGAUUGUUUUUCAAAUAGGUAUUUCCUAGUAGAAACAUGAUUUAUUUUAAAUAUAUUGGUCAUAUUAGAAACAGCUAAUUUGAAUUCCCUAAUACAUGGCUAUACUUUAAAUUUGGGUUUAUAUCUUAAAGGUGCACAAAUUAGGUUGAUGCAAAAAAAUGUUUUUCAAUUUAAAUGCAUUAUCGUCGUUAUCUCAAUUGACUUAAAUGGUUAAAACAAAACAAAAAGCGUAAGAUUUAGGUACCGAUAAAAGAUAUUAGUAAAAUAGGUUGAUUAAAAACUUUAGACAAAAAAAAAAAUCAUUUUACAGCAAGAAAAUUAAUUAAGUACAACUCAUUGUUCUUUGACCAAUCACCCAAGUAUGUUUUUGCUUUAGAAUUUGUUUUAAGUACAAUUUUUUUUUUUAUGAACACAUUUUAUGAGAAGACAUUUUUAAAACAGUAAUCACAUAAACAAUUUUAAAUAACUUUUGAUGUUAUAUGGAAAAUCCGUUUAGAUUGAGAUUUUUUGAACACUGUCAAAGAUCUGCUUAUUUAUAAACGUUUUAAUUGAAUUUGUGAAGUAUUAAGAUAGUGUUGUGCAUGUGUACAAGUGUUUUCAUUGUAAAAAGUAUCAUUGCUAUGUGAUAUCUCUUAUUGUGUAUCUACAUAAUGGUGUAUUUAUUUUUACUGGAAUAAUGUAUUCUUACACUGUAAUAUACUUUAAUAAAUUGUAACAAUGA